CAACAGGAAAGAAAAGGGACCCCAACUACUCCGUACGGAGUACUUCCUUCAGUUCCACCAAUCUAUAAGAUGAUGUCAGGGUGAUUAGUACAGAGAGAGGAGAAGUUCAAAACAAAUCGCUAAUUGCUGCUUCUGUUCUGGCCUCAAUUAAUUCACCUCACUGCCAACCCUCACUACUCAUCCAGCUACUUAUGACGCGAACAUAUAUCUUUUCGGGUGUCGCUGUCAUCACCGGAGCCGGCGGAACUGGAAUUGGAGCCGCCGUCGCCAAAGGCUUCGCCCUAUCCGGUUGCGACCGAAUCGCCAUCACCGACCUGAACCCCAGCUCCUUGAAUAACACCAAGGAAGCCAUCCACGCCGCAUCGCCCGACGUGCGCCUAUUCGUCCAGGCCGGCGACAUCUCUGACGAGAGCUUUGUAGACUCAUUUAUCGGGGCGGUAGUCUCGGAGUUUGGCCGACUCGACUAUGCCGUCAACUGCGCGGGCGUGCUGGGGGACGCCCUGCGCUCGACCGAGACCUCGACCGAGGUUUUCGAUCGGAUCAACAACAUCAACUACCGGGGCUCGUGGCUUUGUUCCCGCGCAGAAUUGAAGCAGAUGAUCAAGCAGGAUCCGUUGCCGAGCCAUGGUCCGGCGCGGGAGCCUCAGCGUGGAGCGAUUGUGAAUAUUGCGAGUCAGCUAGGGAUCGUUGGGCAACCGGGUGCUCCGGCAUACUGCGCCUCCAAGGCCGCCAUCAUCGCAAUGACACGCUCCGACGCCAUUGACUAUGCGCGCGAUGGGAUCCGUGUCAACUGCGUCUGUCCUGGGGUUAUUGAGACACCUAUGACCACCUCCAGCGACGAAGUCCGCGAGCGUCUACGGCCAGCUGUGGAGAUCGCGCCUAUGAAGCGGAUGGGAAAGCCCGAAGAGGUGGCUGAUGCGGUGCUCUUCCUCUGUUCGACCUUUGCGUCCUUCAUUCAGGGGCAUGCUCUGGUGGUGGAUGGAGGGUAUAUCAUUAACUGAAUGGUUGCGAGUUUGUUACGUCCAAUGAUGAUUCAUGAUGAUGAGGGCCUUGAUCAAUGUGACCAGCCAUUGUACCUUCC